UCGCGCGCCAUGGAGAGAUUGGAGCACGGCCACGGCCAUGGCGAUGGCGAUGGCGAUGGCGGCUUCCGGCGACCCACCCUCCUCCUCAUCCUCGUCGCCGCCUUCCCUAUCCUCUCAUUCUUCGCCAUCAACCACGGUAUCGUCUCCGUAAAUUUCCAAACCAAAAGCAUCGCAAUCAAUCAUGGAACCAUCUCGCACGCACCUUCCCCGACGAUCGACGGAGACAGCGCUGAGCAGAGGAUUCGAAAGAGGAAGAAGAAGAAGCUGGGCGGUGGCGGCGGCGGUGAUGGGAAGGUGGAGGAGGAUCUCGUCAUGGCGAGGGCCGCAAUUAGAAACGCUAUAAUUUCCGGAGGAAACUCAUCGUCGUCUAGUCUACUAGUCGUUCCCGGCGACGAGACGCCGCUCUCAACCGCCGUCUACCGGAAUCCCACCGCUUUCCUCCGGAGUUACGAGGAGAUGGAGAGGAGGUUCAAGGUGUACGUGUACGACGAAGGCGAGCCGCCGCUAGUGCACGACGGCCCUUGCAAGAGCAUCUACACCACCGAGGGGCGGUUCAUAUCCGAAAUGGAAUAUUCCGGCGUCCGGACGAGGAAUCCGGCUAAAGCCCACGCCUUCUUCUUCCCCUUCAGCGUCACCAACAUGGUCCACUUCCUCCACCGCCCCACUCCCUACGACAUAACCAAGCUCAGGGGCUUCCUCGCCGGCUACGUCCGCUCCGUCGCCUCCAACCACCCCUUCUGGAACCGCUCUGCCGGCGCCGACCACUUCAUGCUCUCCUGCCACGACUGGGGGCCGUUGGCGUCGAGAGGCCACCGGGAGCUGUACGAGAACUCGAUACUAGCGUUCUGCAACGCGAAUACUUCCGAAGGCUUCAAUCCCCGGAAGGACGUCAGCAUCCCGGAGAUCAACCUCUACUCCGGCUUCUUCCCGGAGGAGCUCCAUAAGCCGGUGGCUCCCGGCCUCACCGCCCGGCCCUACCUCGCAUUCUUUGCCGGCGGCCGCCACGGAGCCAUCCGCCAGGAGCUCCUCCGGUUGUGGAAGGGGAAGGUCCCGGAGAUGCCGGUAUUCGAGUACCUCCCAGGCCGCCCCGGUGGCAAAGACUACUACUCCUUCCUGCUGCAGUCGCGAUUCUGCCUGUGCCCGAGCGGGUACGAGGUGGCGAGCCCGCGUGUGGUGGAGGCAGUGUACGCGGAGUGCGUGCCGGUGAUCGUGUCGGAGAGCUACGUUCUGCCGUUCAGCGACGUGCUGAGGUGGGAGGCGUUCUCGGUGGCGGUGACGGUGGAGGAGCUGCCGAGGCUCAGGGAGAUACUGGAGGCGCUUCCGGUGACUGAGUUGAGGAGGCUGAGGGAGGGGGUGAAGGCCGUGAAGAGGCAUUUCGUGCUGAACUCGCCGGCGAAGAGGUUCGACGUGUUCCAUAUGAUACUGCACUCCGUGUGGCUCCGGCGACUCAACAUCAAGAUUCUCUAAUAAUAUUUCCCUUUUUUUAAAAAAAAAAAUCAAUUUAGGGAUAAAUUGUCAUGUAUAUCUAUUUGUCCUUUUCUUUUUAAAAAUUCUUGUUUUUCAUUAAUGUAGAACAAAUUUUAGAUUAUAAUU